AUGGAUGAAGAUGAUGAGGAACCAGAAGGCAGGAAGCAGCUGGCAAAGCGAGAAGAGCCAAGAACUUGGCCGAUCUCGUUGCGCGAGGACUUCACGCGGUCGGGUGUCUGCGUGAUCUCGAAUUUCCUAGGCGACGGCACUGCGGCGGCCUUGCGAAAGGCUUCUUUGGGGCUCUUCGCCGAUGGAGGUAUGGCACCAGGAGCAUUGGGCGGUGGCGGAGAUGGACGGGGCAUCCAACGCAGCUUCCGCGGGGACUACGUGGCUUGGCUUGGACCUCAUGGCGUCAACGAGCCCACCAAGCGCUGCCGACGUGAAGGUGCUGUGAAGGCAACACUCCGAGCAGGCUCCAAGCUGUUAGAAGACGACCACCAGUUCACAGUGCCUUCUGCUUCGAAGUGGGUCUCACUUCUGGGCACUCUCACUGCCCGGCUGGACAUGGUCGUGGACAUCCUGUGUCCCAAUCUGGACCGUGGGGAGGUGAUGGCGAGCGUCUACCCUCCAGACUGUGGGGCUCAAUUUCGACGGCACCUCGACAAUCCUUGUCAUGAUGGCAGGCGCAUCUCCGCAGUGUAUUACGUGAACGCAGGUUGGCAGCGCAAAGAUGGUGCCUUGCUGCGAUGCUGGCCUCGCCAGGGCGAGGUGGAAGAGAUUCUGCCGGACGAAGACACUUUGGCCGCUCGCUGGGAGGUUUUUGUUGGUCGGCAGCCGCGCGUGAAACUGCUCUGUCGCAGGUUGCGGCGGAUUUUUUGGAGCGGUAUACCUCAAGUUGCUUGUGUAGAAUCAGAAAUGCCAAUGCGCUUUCCUUCCAGAUUCCAGGUCCUCUUCGAGGCCGAUGCCAUCGAGCACGAGGUCACGCAGAACAGAAGCACGGGUAUCUUUCCAGAUGGUUAUCGUUGCGCCUUCACCUGCUGGUACUGGGAAGGAAGUGCUCCACACGUGGACCUGCCAAGACGACGGCGAUCAAGAUCGAACCGGCGACGAAGACAGCAAAACGGCAAGGUAGUAAGACCAAUUUCAUUGCAGCAGCAUUUUUGGUUGUACUUGUGCAGAACAUGA